CCAAGUAUUUCAGGGCCAUCUGCUGCCCUCCAAGCCACUUAGCUUGGGUUUUAGACCCUGAGUCACUGUAUGCCACCACCAAUGCCACCACCCCAGGCUCUCCUGGUUUGCAGAGCACCCCUCAGAGAGUUUGGGACCAAGGAGCGCAGAAUGGAUCUCGGAACAGAGCCAAGCUUCUGCUCUAUUCCAGGCACCAGAGUGGUAGAAAUGAAGGAGCCCUGUUCCUGCUUUCAAGGGCCCGUGCCUGCUGAAGGCACCCGGUGCACCGACCCGCCUGCAGGCAAGCCCGCGAUGGCGGCCAAGCGCAAAGGUGGCCUGAAGCUCAACGCCAUCUGCGCCAAGCUGAGCCGCCAGGUGGUGGUGGAGAAGGGAGCAGAGGCUGGCUCCCAAGCUGAGGGCAGCCCACUGCGGCCCCGAGACAAGGAGCGCAGUGGCCCUGAGUCUGGGGUGGCCCAGGCUCCCCGAAGUGAAGAAGACAAGAGGCGAGCAGUGAUAGAGAAGUGGGUAAACGGGGAGUACAGUGAGGAGCCAGCACCCAUGCCCAUGCUGGGGCGAAUCCCCCGAGAGGGCCUGGAGCUGCCGCCCGAGGGAGUCUACAUGGUCCAGCCCCAGGCCUGCAGCGAUGAGGAGGACCACACUGAAGAGCCCCCCAAAGAUGGUAACGGCCUGGAGGAAAAGGACUCGGAAGGGGCAGCCUCAAAGGACAACAGUGGCCCCGGCGCCAAGCAGGCUUCAGGAGAGACCUCCUCACUGCGGGACUAUGCAGCUUCCACUAUGACCGAGUUCCUCGGCAUGUUCGGCUACGAUGACCAGAACAUGAGGGAUGAGCUGGCCAGGAAGAUCAGCUUUGAGAAGUUGCACGCAGGCUCCACACCUGAGGCGGCCACCUCCUCCAUGCUGCCUACCUCAGAGGAUGCCCUCAGCAAGCGGGCGCGGUUCUCCAAGUACGAGGAGUACAUCCGCAAGCUCAAGGCAGGAGAGCAGCUCUCCUGGCCAACCCCUGGCACCAAGGCAGAGGAGCGGGCAGGCAAGGAGGUGGUGGGUCCCCUGCCCAGCCUGCGGCUGUCCAGCAACACUACCCACCUGGAGACCAAGGCCACCAUCUUGCCCCUGCCAUCACACAGUAGUGUCCAGAUGCAGAACCUGGUGGCUCGUGCCUCCAAGUAUGACUUCUUCAUCCAAAAACUGAAGACGGGUGAGAACCUGCGGCCCCAAAAUGGAAGUACCUACAAGAAGCCAUCCAAGUACGACCUGGAGAAUGUCAAGUACCUGCACCUCUUCAAACCAGGGGAGGGCAGCCCUGACAUGGGCGGGGCCAUCGCCUUCAAGACUGGCAAGGUGGGGCGCCCCUCCAAGUACGACGUCCGGGGCAUCCAGAAGCCCGGCCCCACCAAGGUUCCGCCCACCCCCAGCCUGGCUCCUGCACCCCUCGCCAGUGUGCCCAGCACUCCCAGUGCCCCCGGGCCAGGGCCUGAGCCACCUGCCUCCCUGUCCUUCAACACUCCUGAGUACCUGAAGUCCACCUUCUCCAAAACAGACUCCAUCACCACAGGCACCGUCUCCACUGUCAAGAACGGAUUGCCCACAGAUAAGCCAGCUGUCACCGAAGAUGUAAACAUUUACCAGAAAUAUAUUGCCAGGUUCUCAGGCAGCCAGCACUGCGGUCACAUCCACUGCGCCUACCAGUACCGCGAGCAUUACCACUGCCUGGACCCAGAGUGCAACUACCAGAGGUUCACGAGUAAGCAGGAUGUGAUCCGACACUACAACAUGCAUAAGAAGCGCGACAACUCCCUGCAGCACGGCUUCAUGCGCUUCAGCCCACUAGACGAUUGCAGCGUCUACUACCACGGCUGCCACCUCAACGGGAAGAGCACCCACUACCACUGCAUGCAGGUGGGCUGUAACAAGGUGUACACAAGCACGUCCGACGUGAUGACCCACGAGAACUUCCACAAGAAGAAUACGCAGCUCAUCAACGACGGCUUCCAGCGCUUCCGAGCCACUGAGGACUGCGGCACAGCUGACUGCCAGUUUUAUGGACUGAAGACCACACACUUCCACUGCAGGCGCCCUGGCUGCACAUUCACCUUCAAGAACAAGUGUGACAUCGAGAAGCACAAGAGCUACCACAUCAAGGAUGACGCCUACGCCAAGGAUGGCUUCAAGAAGUUCUAUAAGUAUGAGGAGUGCAAGUAUGAGGGCUGCGUGUACAGCAAGGCCACCAACCACUUCCACUGCAUCCGCGCCGGCUGUGGCUUCACCUUCACCUCCACCAGCCAGAUGACCUCGCACAAGCGCAAGCACGAGCGCCGCCACAUCCGUUCCUCGGGUGCGCUGGGGCUGCCGCCCUCACUGCUGGGCGCCAAGGACACAGAGCAUGAGGAGUCGAGCAACGACGACCUGGUCGACUUCUCUGCCCUGAGCAGCAAGAACUCCAGCCUGAGCGCCUCUCCUACCAGCCAGCAGUCCUCUGCGUCCCUGGCCGCUGCCACCACCACCACCGCUGAGGCUGUGCCCGGUGCCACCAAGCCUCCCAGCAGCAAGGUCUCGGGGCUUCUGCCCCAGGGCCUGCCUGGCUCCAUCCCACUGGCGCUGGCCCUCUCCAACUCUGGCCUGCCCACCACUGCGCCCUAUUUCCCCCUCCUUCCCAGCCGGGGGAGCGCUUCCCUGCCUGUGGGCGCCCCCGGCCUGCUGGGUGCCAUGUCAUCUGGGGCAGUGGCUUCGGCUGCCCCUGAUACGCCUGCUCUGGUGGCCUCAGGAACUGGAGACUCGGCUCCAGCAGCUGCCACCUCUGUCCCGGUGCCCCCUGCCUCCAUUAUGGAGAGGAUCUCUGCGAGCAAAGGCCUCAUCUCUCCCAUGAUGGCCAGACUGGCUGCGGCCGCCCUCAAGCCCUCUGCCACCUUUGACCCAGGAAGCGGGCAGCAGGCCACCCCUACCAGGUUCCCCCUGGCCCAGGUGAAGCAGGAGCCCUGUGGCGAAAGCGCCGGUGCCCCAGGCCCACACGAGGCUGCCCACAACCGCAGUCUUGACCUGACUGUGAAGGAGCCCAGUAAUGAAUCAAAUGGCCACGCAGUCCCGGCAAAUUCAUCUCUUUUAUCCUCGCUUAUGAAUAAGAUGUCUCAGGGCAACGCUGGCCUCGGCGGCCUGCUGAACAUCAAGGCAGAAGUAGAGGGGAGCCCUGCCGUGGAGCCCUCGCCCUUCCUGGGCAAGGCUGUGAAGGCGCUUGUCCAGGAGAAGCUGUCGGAGCCCUGGAAGGUGUACCUUCGCAGGUUUGGCACCAAGGACUUCUGUGACGCCCAGUGUGACUUCCUCCACAAAGCCCACUUCCACUGCGUGGUGGAGGAGUGUGGGGCGCUAUUCAGCACCCUGGAUGGGGCCAUCAAGCACGCAAACUUCCACUUCCGGACAGAGGGAGGAACAGCAAAAGGAAACACAGAGGCUUCCUUCCCGGCCUCUGCUGCUGAGACCAAACCUCCCCUGGCACCUUCAUCCCCUCCGGCACCCCUUGGCACCACAGUCCCAGGGUCAUCUCUGGAGGGGCCCACUCCCAACCCAGCCUCGGUGCCCUCCACCCCCACCCUGCUCGCCUGGAAGCAGCUGGCUUCCACCAUACCCCAGAUGCCUCAGAUGCCCGCAUCAGUGCCUCACCUGCCUGCUUCACCCUUGGCGACGACUUCUCUAGAGAAUGCCAAGCCCCAGGUCAAACCCGGAUUCCUCCAGUUCCAGGAGAAGUGA